CAGCUAUACGCCAUGGGCAUAGAAGAGCAAAAAGAGGAGCGGGAAGUCCUCGACUCCAUCUUCCCGGAAGAAAUCACCGACAUCUCCGAGACCGAAUACCGCAUCUCCAUCCUCCUCGACGUAACCAACGAAGAUGGCGACGACUCCGAGCCUCCAACCCUCCUCCUCCGCAUCCAAUACCCCCCAACCUACCCCGACUCCGCGCCCCUCCUCGACAUCUCCGCGCCCCCCAACGCGCCCAAACACAAGUUCCUCGACAUCUCCAGCGACCGCGCCACCCUCCUCGCCGCCCUGACGCCCACCAUCGAGGAAAACCUCGGCAUGGCCAUGGUCUUCACGCUCUACUCCUCGCUCAAAGACAGCGCCGAGCUGCUGAUCGCCGAGCGCCAGGCCGCCGCGCAAGCGCUGCGCGACGUCGAGGCCGCGGAGGCCGAGGAGGCCGAGAACGCGAAGUUCCACGGGACGCAGGUUACAAGAGAAAGCUUCUUGAAGUGGCGGGAGGGGUUUCGGCGGGAGAUGCGCGAGCGCGAGGAGAGAAGGGCGGAGGAGAAGGAGGCGGAGGAUAAGAAGAAGAGGGUCAAGGAGGAGAAGAGGAUGACGGGGAGGGAGUUGUGGGAGGGGGGGUUGGCGAAGGGGGGGGAGGAGGAGGAGGAGGGCGGGGAUGGGUUGGAGGGGGUCGAGAAGCUCAAGAUCGAGGCGUGAGGGGGGGAGGGGGUGCGUAUGGCGCUUUGGGGCUUUGGUUGGUUAGAUAUGGGGCAAAAAGGUCACGGCAUCGCUAUUGUUGGUAGGCUGGCCCUUCCGUGUGGGUACAGCAUGUAAAGGUUAAGGGCAUGUAUCUGAAAGAAGCUAACGUUGAAGGUCUCAUUUGGCCUUACAGUGUCUUACCAGA